AUGUCGAAACGAAAAGAGAUAAAGGAAAAGGAGCAGCUUCAGGCGCAGUUUCGGCUUUCAUUGUCGAGAGUCGACUCCAGAAUAGAGAGUUGGUUACAUGAGACCAAAGAUGCAUCAAAAGACAAAGUCCAGGCAGAUCGGGCGGCAAAAGACCGCAAAUUGUUUGAAUCGUUGCCGAUUAUUGGGCCUGGGAAGGGUCUUAGUAUAGCAGAUAGUGCUGGAACGGAGAAGAAUGGGUCUGGAUCCGAGGAUGAGAGCAUGAGAAUCGGAGAUUUUGUCAAAGGUGACGGAAAGAGAAAUAAAGCGAUUCAAAAUAGAAUACGAGGGAUCAAACGGAGACGGGAGGACAGUCCAAGCAUGCGAGCGUUACGUAAUAAGCUGCGUGACACGAAGAGAGAGCAAAUAAAGAGAGGGAUCAGCGAAAGAGACGGUAAAAGUCGAAAAUAUGGAAUUCGCCAAGAAACGGGUGGGAAAGAUGGAAGUGAGAGUAGUAGUGAAAGUGAGGAAGAGAAGGAUGAUAUGGCAUACAGUGCGAAGAAAGUCAACAGAGGAAAACGGCCGUUUUGA